AUGGCCGAAUUACGAACUCGUUUGCUUUCAACCGGUGAAUCAAUUGAACCGGUUGAACAAGUGUUUGAUAAAAUGAAGCCAUUGGAUGAGCAGCUUGAUCCAUCUUUUUUCAGAAUGGUCGAGUAUUAUUUUGAUAAAGGGUCGACGGUAAUUGCACCAAAACUUGUUGAUGAACAUCCAUCGCAAGAGAUGAGCAGGCGAGACAAAGAAUUCUACGUCAAAGGAAUCCUCACAGCAAUUAAACCCGCUAACAAGGUUCUCUAUAUGACAUUUCCAAUACGUAGAGAAAGUGGAGUUUACGAAAUGAUUGAAGCUUGGAGAGCUCAGCAUAGUGAACACAAAACGCCAACCAAAGGUGGCAUUCGAUUUUCGGAAAAUGUUUCAGAAGAUGAAGUCAAGGCGUUAUCUGCUUUGAUGACAUACAAGUGCGCAGUAGUUAAUGUACCAUUUGGUGGAGCUAAAGGUGGCAUAAAAAUUGACCCCCGAAAAUACUCAGAAUAUGAGCUGGAAAAAAUUACUCGAAGAGUGACACUGGAACUGGGUAAGAAAGGUUUUCUGGGGCCCGCAGUUGAUGUACCAGCUCCUGAUAUGGGCAGCGGAGAACGAGAAAUGGCUUGGAUGGCAAACACUUACGCAGAAACAAUUGGUCAUACAGAUAAGGAGGCCUAUGCAUGUGUAACUGGGAAACCACUGGUGGCUGGAGGUAUUCGCGGACGAACACCUGCAACUGGUCGCGGUGUAUGGAGAGGACUAGAAGCAUUUUUGAAUCACAAAGAAUACAUGGAUAGAAUUGGCCUAAAACCAGGACUGGAGGGCAAAACUUUUAUUUUACAGGGUUUUGGUAACGUCGGUACUUAUACAGCUCAUUUUUUAAUAGAGGGAGGAGCUAAAUGUAUUGGAAUUCAAGAAUGGAACUGUGCAAUUGGUUUUCCGGGUUCUGAAGCAUUCGAACCUUUUGGUGACCUUAUUUAUGAAAAAUGUGAUAUACUGGUACCUGCAGCAUGUGAAAAGGUUCUUCACUUAAAAAAUGCUGGUCGAGUUCAAGCUAAGGUUAUUGCCGAGGCAGCCAACGGACCAACGACACCAGCAGCAGAUAAAAUAUUCUUGAGUCGCGGAGACUGUCUGGUAAUACCGGAUCUUUACAUCAACAGCGGUGGUGUGACUGUAUCGUUCUUUGAAUGGCUUAAAAAUUUGAACCAUGUCAGCUUUGGACGACUUACUUUCAAGCACGAAAUUGAUUCAAAUCUUGAGCUUUUGGCAAGCGUCGAAGAAUCGUUAAACAAGCAGUUGGGCGGUAAUUUAAAGGUGGAACCAUCAUCAACACUAAAACGACGUAUUGGAGCUGCGUCGGAGGAAGAAAUUGUAAAUUCAGGACUGGAAUAUACAAUGCAAACGUCGGCAAAACAAAUCAUCGAGACGGCAAAAAAAUACAAUCUUGGUCUCGACUUACGUACAGCCGCUUACGCUAAUGCAAUUGAAAAAAUUUACAAUACAUAUCGGGCAGCAGGCUUUGCAUUUUCAUGA